GGCCUGGAAACCGUUAGUUGCACUUGGAUCAGCGUCGUGCGAUGAGGUUACAGUGGAGUAUUGUGCUUCUGGGCGUGGCCGCCUUGAUGGCCAACACCUGGGCACAUCAUUUAGCCGGAGUGCCGAACAGUUUUACCACCGAUGAGCGUCUGACCGCAGCCAUUUCAGCCAGCGUGGCGGAAGAGAUUAGUCGUGAGUUUUCCAAGUACAUGGAAACGGGAGUGGAAUCACGUAGACUGAAGGAACUGGGUGCUGAGUUGCGUUGGAGUCACAGCCAGAAGGACAUAUUUACACAGUCCAUGACGGAACUGAGCUCAGCGGAUCAGUAUUUCACCUGCACAUUCUGUAGAGCCACAGUCAAGGUGAUCGCUCGCACCUUUACAGGUCCCGAUGGGGAGUUGACUGGACCCAAUCGGGAUGCGAAUGCCAAGAAGACGAUGCUCAGCCUUUGUGACUACUUCCACAUUCAGACGCAGAAUGUUUGCAGUGGUCUCUUCGAUCUCAAUUGGCCAAUUCUCGACUACAUCUUCAAUGAAACCAUCGCGGAGCCGAGCUCCAUUUGUGGCAUGUUGCCCAUUAGCAUUUGCCAGUUGGAUCAGGAGGAAUACAACCUCAACUUGACCAUCGUCGGUGAUAUUCCCCUGGAGUCCAACACGCAUACGGCUGAGAGGAGUGAUCAAGAUUUGCAGGUUCUUCACCUGACCGACAUUCACUACGAUCCUGAGUACAAGGUCGGCAGCUUGGCAGAUUGUGAUGAGCCCAUUUGUUGCCGGGAUGAGUUGCCCGGAGGUUCCUCUGCGUCGGGAGCUGGUUACUGGAGUGAUUACCGCAAUUGUGACACACCCAAGCACUUGAUCCUCAAUGCCUUCGGGCACAUUAAGAAGACACACAAGCUCGAUUGGAUCUAUCACACGGGCGAUGUUCCACCGCACAAUGUCUGGUCCACCACAAAACAGGGCAACAUGGAUAUGCUAACUGAAAUCGAUGAAUUACUCACCGAGCAUUUCCCUAAUGUUCCCGUCUAUUCCUGUCUGGGCAACCACGAGCCCCAUCCCACAAAUGUCUUUGGCAACAACGAGAUACCCGCUGAGCUGAGCAUUGAUUGGCUUUACGACCACGUCUGGAGUCUGUGGAAGAAGUUCCUCCCUAAGGAGGCUGAGGUCACCGUUCGUCGUGGUGGCUAUUACACGCACUCACCCAGUGCUGGUCAUCGUAUCAUUGCAUUAAACAGCAUGGAUUGCUAUCUCUUCAAUUGGUGGCUUUUCCACAAUGGCUCCAUUGUUCUCGAGCAGCUGCAAUGGUUCCAUGACACACUCUUGGCAGCUGAGAAGGCGGGAGAAAGAGUACAUGUCCUCUCUCACAUUCCCUCCGGCGAUGGCGACUGUUGGUCGGACUGGGCCAGGGAAUAUAAUCGUUUGUUGGCUCGAUUUAGCAAUACCAUCACGGGCAUCUUUAACGGACACACCCACAAGGAUGAGAUGAAUGUGCACUAUACGGAAACUGGAGCUGCUGUUGCCGUGUCCUGGAAUGGCGGCAGUUUGACCACCUACUCCGACAAGAAUCCCAACUAUCGGCUGUAUGAGCUCAAUCCACAGACCUGGCAGGUAGUCGACCAUCAGACCUGGAUAUUUAAUCUAACCGAGGCGAAUCUUCAGCCAGAUGUGUCGCCCAAGUGGUUUAAGGAGUACGAGUUCAGACAGCACUUCACCAGCAAUUUAAGUCCUGCUGGCAUUGACAAACUACUUGUGGAGAUGGCCGAAAAGCCGGACGUAUUACGCAAAUUUUGGCGGGUUAAGGUAACCUAUGCGGAUCCCAAGCUGAAUGCUGGCUGUGAUGACGAUUGCUUGAGCGGCACACUCUGCCGCAUUGCCACCAGCAACUUCAAGGACAGGAAGCGAUGCCGCGAACUGCAGGCCAUUCUCCGAGAGAGUCUGGAUAAUGAGAAAAAGGGUGAUGGUGCCGCCUCUUUGGUCGCCUACAGUUUCACCUCUUUGGUGGCUCUGUUUUGUGCUCUGCGCUAUUUGUUUUAAUUGAAAUGGCAACAGAGACGUCUGCUAAUCCACAGCUUAUCGC